CAAGAAUAUUUCUCUUUUGUGCGUUGUGAUGUUAUAGGCGGCGACGCGAGGCAUUCCUUGGAUUAGUUAAUACAGACAGGCAGACGUCCUCCAAAACUAAAAGAACUCUGCUUCGCCUCCUCCUCCGCCUCUGCAAACUCCCAAAGAUUUGACAGCCGUAACUUCAUGAAUUCAAGAACUACUGUGGUAUCCGUGGUUUCCUGUAAAUCGGGAAACAAGGACGAUUUCUUCUGCUGGAUUUUGGUCUGCCUAUUGUCAAAGUUCUUCAAAACUCCCACUGCAUACGUGAACUUAUUUUUGAUUGAGGCUCCUUCAGCAGUAUACGAGUCCUUUGUAGAGACUCAUCCAUAGAAGUGACUGAAUUUUGACCAUCUGCUUCCCUUUAAUCAAUAUUUGCAUCAUGGUGUCUUCUCAGCUGCCUGCUAUGGCCAAAACUCACAUGUGCAAAUCCUUUCACAACCAGUUACUUUUCCCUAUGAGCCCUCCUGAUGUUGUUCCCUCAGAUCACAUUGAGUUAGAUUUCUCUGAUGUAUUUGGUCCUCUACCAGUUCAAGUUUCAACGGAAGAUAAUAACGUGAAUUCUGGAGAUUCAGUGUUUGCAGCAGAUAUGAGUGAUCUCAUCUAUGAUGAUCCAGUGGUCAUUUACAGUCAAUCACAUUCGUUGGUUGGCCCCUCUGCUUGUGUUAGUCUUUCGUUGAAACUGAACAAGCUCAUCAUACAUGAGACACAGGAUUCAAUGGAACUUGUAGAGUGUGUUCAGGAAGAGACAAUUGAAGAACUUAGCGAAUCCUCCACUGAUGUUUCUGUUUUUGAGGAACCUGUUGUAUCUAUUGAUGAUGAUUCCAUGAAGGUGCAGAGCAUGGGCCUUGAAGAUUUUGAGGUCAUGAAGGUUGUUGGACAGGGAGCAUUCGGGAAAGUGUUUCAGGUGAGGAAGAGGGGCACAUCAGAAAUAUAUGCCAUGAAGGUCAUGCGCAAGGAUAAGAUUAUGGAGAAGAAUCAUGCUGAAUACAUGAAAGCAGAGAGGGAUAUUUUGACAAAGAUUGAUCAUCCCUUUAUUAUCCAGCUCAGAUAUUCUUUCCAAACCAAAUAUAGACUUUACCUUGUGCUGGAUUUCGUGAAUGGGGGACACCUGUUCUUUCAGCUCUACCACCAUGGCCUUUUCAGGGAGGAUCUAGCACGUGUAUAUGCCGCAGAGAUUGUUUCAGCAGUGUCUCACCUUCAUGCAAAUGGCAUCAUGCAUAGGGAUCUUAAACCGGAAAAUAUCCUGCUCGAUGCAGAUGGCCAUGCCAUGUUGACUGAUUUUGGCCUGGCGAAGCAAUUUGAAGAGAACAAAAGAUCAAACUCCUUUUGUGGAACAGUAGAAUAUAUGUCACCCGAAAUUGUUCUUGGGAAGGGCCAUGAUAAGGCUGCAGACUGGUGGAGUGUUGGAAUCCUACUGUUUGAGAUGCUUAGUGGGAAGCCUCCUUUUAUUGCUGGUGGGAAUAGGGCAAAAAUUCAGCAAAAGAUAAUAAAGGACAAAAUUAAGCUGCCAGCAUUUUUGACAAGUGAAGCACAUUCUCUGUUGAAAGGGCUUCUACAAAAGGAUCCAUGCAAGCGCCUCGGCAGUGGGCCAACUGGGAGUGACGAAAUUAAGCGACAUAAAUGGUUUAAGCCAAUCAACUGGAAGAAAUUGGAGGGCAGGGAAAUCCAGCCAAGUUUUCGCCCCGAAGUUGCUGGACAACACUGUAUUGCCAAUUUUGAUAAGCGAUGGACUGAUAUGCCACUGUCAGAUUCUCCAGUUUCCAGUCCAACAAGCAAAGAGAACCCCUUCCAGGGCUUUACUUACGUGAAGCCCGCAGCCUAUUUUCUGUGGCAAUAAUAGUGCUUCUACAUGCAAAGUUUUAUAGAAGUCAAUCGCUUUUCCUUCCUCUCAAGAUGAGAUGGUUUAUUUAGCAACCCCUUUCUGGUUGAUUUUAGAUUUUUAAUUAUGGAGCGUCAACCAUAGAAGCUGAUCAACCUGAUGAAUUUUUAUUGUGCAAAUGAAACAUGUUUUAUUUAAUGACUUCCAAUAUUGAGUUGGCACUUUAAUUGUGGGUUUCUUUUAAGCAGCUGUGAGCUUAUUGAUUGAAAUGUGGAAUUUCUUGGGGAUGUCUUGUCCCUAUCUUAGUUGCUUCAUUUUUCUUUCUUCAACCUCUACCGCCUAAAGUCACUGAAACUCGAACCGGUAAUCACGAAUGUCACUCUGUUAUUUUACUAAUGCACCAAGAAAUUGCCAUGAUUUUAAAUUAAAAA